AGUUCCCGCGUACUCUCAGCUCGUUGGAGACUUUCAGGUUAUUUUCUUUCUCUUCUCUUUUCUCACGUACACCAUUAACUCGCUUAAACCCGCCGAGGUCAGUAAACUGCCGCGAUGUCACAGCACGCCAGCCCUGUCUUCACCAAACCGGCGGAUUACUAUCCGCCGAGCGACGCGCAGGAGGACCUCGACGAGCGCCUUGUGAACGUCGCCGAUGCCCUCCCCCCCCCUCCUCCCACUGGUGCGUCACAGCCACAGCGGUCGCGGAACGUGCCAGAUCAGUACUCCCCUUCCUCCUCUCCUCCAACGCAGCGGAACGCAGGAGCUCCUGCGAGCCGCUACGCGGCUACGAACGACAUCCCCGUCAACCUCACCGCCACCAAGUUUCGUCACCGGCCCUGGCACUACUCCUUAUGCGUCUCAUGUAAAGAGAUGGACUCGUGCGCCGAGGCGUGCUGCUGCCUCUAUUGCCAGCUGAGUCGUCAGUGCAACAUGUUCGUGGCCAACAAGCGAGAAAUCCACUGGCCAUACUGCCUCCUCAUGACCUUCACGGACCUAUGCGCGCUGCACAUGCUCGUCACGUGGAUUUUCGCGAGCGAGACGCGACGCAUGGCGCGCGAACGGUACGGCAUCAGCGGCUCGUGCUUCAGUGAUUGCUGCGUGGGGUGCUGGUGCCGCAGCUGCACUACUCAGCAGGUGCUGUUGGAGAUGACCGUGAUGAACGACUUCCCGGGUGCGACGUGCUACAACGCGGUGCCGCAGCCGAUGGAAUUUGAGAUGGUGUAG